AUGAGUGAUAGUAGCGAUGAGAAUGAUUCUCAGUAUGUUUUAUACAGAGAUAGACCUGAAUGGAAAAACGUAACUCCUUUAAAACAAGACGAUGCCGACGAGCCUGUAGUAGCUAUUGAUUAUACAGAAGCUUUUGUCGAUUGUUUCGAUUACUUUCGAGCAAUUCUGAAAAACAAGGAGAUUUCUGAGAGAGCCCUAGAACUUACUCAAACUGCUGCACAUUUAAAUCCUGCUAACUACACAGUGUGGCAAUACAGACGGGAUAUACUCAAAGGACUAGACAAAGACUUGAAUGAGGAGUUAGAUUACAUUGAAACUGUCAUCUUGAAACAGACCAAGAACUAUCAAGUGUGGCAUCAUCGUAAAGUCAUAGUAGAAUGGCUUAAAGAUCCGUCUAAAGAAAAGUAUUUAACUGAAGCUGUACUAACCAAAGAUGCUAAAAACUAUCAUGCUUGGCAACAUAGACAAUGGGUUAUCAAAACCUUCAAAUUGUUCGAUGGGGAGCUAGAUUAUGUUGACUGCUUGAUAACUGAUGAUGUCAGGAAUAAUUCUGCUUGGAAUCAAAGAUAUUUCAUUAUAAAUAACACAACUGGAUUCACAGAAGAAGUACUCAAAAGGGAAAUUGACUAUACACUGUUACACAUUAAAAUUGUUACAGAAAAUGAGAGUGCCUGGAAUUAUUUGAGAGGGCUCCUGCUUCAUGCCAAGGAAGGGCUGAGCAAAAACAAAAGGGUGUCGGACUUUUGCGAAGAGCUCUACGCAUCAGGCAACCGGUCUCCAUUCCUUCUGGCCGUCAUCGUCGACAUGUGUUGCGAAGUGGCCUCUGACGGGGCUGGAGACACCAGAUAUACCGUCGAGAGAGCCAAAGAACUGUGCGGCGAGCUCAUGACCAAGUACGACAAGGUCAGAGCCAACUAUUGGCAGCACAUGAUCGAAACGAUGGAUAAUGUGGGAAAAAAGGGUACAGAAGAUGAAGGAAGUAGUGUGAAUUGA